CUUGCCAACGUUGAAUCAAAAACUAUAGACAACGGUAAAAUACAGGUAAAUAUGUUGAAUGAAAAUAAGUUCCUCGACAUCGCCUUCGGCCUGAAAUAUAUACAAGAAUUAGCUGAACAAGGUACUUCUGAGGUGCGUCUAGACAUGACAAAUGAAAAUAAUGGUACAGGGUAUGAGACUUUUCAGGAGUUCAGAUUAACAGAUGGAACAAAUUAUAAACUCAACAUUGGGUCACGUGAGGGAUCCACAGGUAAUUCUGCAUAUGGCUUACUCUAUCACAAAUUUCAACGGUUUUCGACCUUUGACCGUGACUUUGAUUCCGCAUCAAAUCGUAAUUGUGCUGUCGAUCGACAUGGAGGCUGGUGGUAUAACGGAUGUUCUUACGUAAAACCUGAAUGGAUUAUAUUUCAAAGACGUAUGGAUGGGUCGGUUGAGUUUUAUCGAAACUUUUCCGACUAUGAUAAUGGAUUUGGGAACGCUGAAGGAGAGUUGUGGUUAGGCCUGAAAUAUAUACAAGAAUUAGCUGCACAGGGCACUUCUGAGGUUCGUCUAGACAUGACAAAUGAAAAUAAUGGCACAGGGUAUGAGACUUUUCAGGAGUUCAAAUUAACAGAUGGAACAAAUUAUAAACUCAACAUUGGCUCACGAGAGGGAUCCGCAGGUGAUUCGGCAUAUGGCUUACUCUAUCACAAAUUUCAACGGUUUUCGACCUUUGACCGUGACGUUGAUUCCGGAUUAACUCGUAAUUGCGCUGUCGAUCGACACGGGGGCUGGUGGUAUAAAGAAUGUUCUUACGUUAACCUAAAUGGAUUGUAUGUGACACCAGGAGGAACAUGUGUCAUCGCUGGUCUAGAAUCAGGGACAUGUGGACACGUGCAUGAUGGAUUUAACAGCAAUAAGGGACUGAGACGUUCUACAAUGAUGUUGAGAAGGACCUCAACAUGA